AUGUUCAAGCCUUCAUCACCAUUAUUCUCGGGUCUUCUCUGGAAGAUCCCAUGGCGUAUCUCGCAGCCCCAGAAGGCCCGGCAACGUAAACGCCUUCGUGCUGUCGACAAGGUAGUCGACACCGUCAGCGCGGCCCUGGCCCGAAACGGCCAGACCACGAAGGCUGUUGAGAGAUGGUACAGAGAGAUGCCCCGAGAGGAGGAGAUGCUGCCGCGUGACAAAUACACGAUCUUUGAUAAGAAGGAGAAGACAUACCGCAAGGGCAUUCACAAAUUACCGAAGUGGACGAGAGUCAGCCAGCGCGUCAACCCCCCUGGUUUCUAA